AUGCGGAAAGCCUGCGCCCCGAGGCAACAGAGCUGUAUAGCCGAGUUAGCCAGUUACGACAGGCGGAAGGCACUGCGCGGCAGUGGGCGAGUGCGGGUCUCCACGUCGCUUCUGUGUUCGCCGGGCCGGGCUGUGGCCACGCGCAAGUGCCACAUUUCGACCACAGCCACGGAGCACGAGCGGCCUGACAUCAGAAUUCUGGAAAUUCGGUCGGAGGUGCAUCACCGCUACGCUCGCACUGAAGUGUACAGCGUGGUGGUCAACCCGGCCGAAGAGUCGCUGGAGGUGAUUUUCAAGACAGUGCUGCCAGAUGAAGCAUUCGUCUCGAGUUUCGCAAUCACCGUGGGCGGGCGCGUGUACCCGGCGCGCGUCGAGGGCCGCGAGGAGGCGCGCGCA